AACAUAUUUAAAUCGCCCUCUCCCCAGGGCGUCGAGUCAGGAGCGCCAUACAUGCCCCUCCCCACUUCUUUCAUAUCCGUUAAGUCCAUUCACUUACCAGCAAGUCUUCGUUCGCAACCAUGAAGGAUGUGCGUCAUCCCGUCGAUGCGGCCGAUCGUGACCCCAGCCUGGAUAUUGGCAUCGACCAUGCCGAAAAGGGGGAGGCAAGCUCCUCAGAGCAAGAGCUCGGUUAUGGUGACCCUGAUUACCUGAAGAAAGUGAAAAUAGCUACCCGCAAGGUCGAUAUCAGGGUCAUCCCCAUUUUAGGGGCUCUGUACUCUAUCAGUGGUAUCGAUCGAACAAAUCUUGCCAACGCCCGCGUUGCUGGAAUGGAUGUUGAUUUGGGCUUCAAUCAGGGCGACAGAUACUCGAUCGCCCUCCUCGUCUUCUUCAUCACUUAUUUCAUAUUCGAGAUUCCCUCGAACAUCAUCCUGCGCAAGCUUCCGGCCCAUCGGUACCUCUCCUUCCUCGCGUUCGCCUGGGGCAUCUGCAUCAUGUGUGCCGGCUUUGCCCAGAAUUGGAUCCCUAUUGUCAUUAUCCGGUUGCUGGUCGGGUUCUUCGAAGCUGGCUUUUUUCCUGGAUGUGUUUACCUCAUCAGCUCCUGGUACGAAAGAUACCAAGUCCACCAACGCAUCGCCUGGUUCUAUGCUUUCAAUACCGUCGCCGGUGGUUUUGGCAACACCCUGGCCUAUGGAUUGAUACAGAUGGAAGGGGUUGGUGGCGUGCGCGGUUGGCGAUGGAUUUUCAUCAUUGAAGGACUGAUCACCAUCGUCCUAGCUUUCUUGGGAUACAUCUUAAUCGUUCCUUUUCCUGACCAAGUAUCCCAAUCCCGAAAGCCGUUUUUGAGCGAAGACCAGGUCCAGCUGAUUACCGACCGCCUAAAUCGUGAUCGUGGCGAUACUACAUUUGAUCCGAUCACUUGGUCCAAGAUCAAAUUUUGUUUGCUAAAAUGGGAGAUCUGGGUUUUUGCACUACUAUUCAUGAGUUGUGGGGUUUGUAUAUAUGCGAUGGCCUACUUUCAACAAAUCAUCAUUAAGUCUUUCGGGUAUUCUGUCAGCGAGACUUUCCUAUUGUCCACACCUCCCGCUAUAGCCAGCGUGCCAUUUGCCAUUUUUUGUUCCUGGUUGGCCGACAAAUAUCACACUCGAGCCCCUAUUGUCAUCGUCCAGGCCAUUGUCUGCCUGGUCGGGUUGCUUCUCGUUCGAUACGCUCAAGGUACCGGUCCCCGCUACUUCGGACUUUUCCUUGGAAAAAUGGGCUGCAACGCCGCGCUGUCAACCGUUCUUGCAUGGCAGGCGAAUAACAUCCGUGGCCAGAGCACUCGAGCGAUCGCGUCCGCUAUGCAGGUCAUGUUUGGAGCCAUUGGAGGCAUAUAUGCAAGCACGGUUUUCAUGGAGAAGGAGUUGCCGCAUUAUACUUCCGGAAUCUGGGCUGCGGUGGCAACCCAAUUCUACAUGAUCCUAGCGUCAAUCGGAAUGUCUUUGUACUAUAUGAAGCGGAACAAGCAGGCGAACAGGGGUGAACGAAUUCUGGAAGGCCUGCCAGAAUUUAGGUACACCAUAUAGGGCUCUGUCCUGAAGGAUUUGUAGACGUCGUUGUAGGUCGGAUGCAAUUCGUAGGAUUUACCCGAUCGUAUAGUAUCUCUCAAGUUAGGGAUGAU